AAAAGCUUAGCUGCCCAACGCCAACGCAAAAAAGCAUACCACCUUAUUUGCCAACAACCACAACAACCACAAUAACAAACCCCCAAACAGAAAUGUCGGCUGCUGCCCAGAACUCUGCCUACUCCAUCACAAUGUCUCCUCCUCCUCCCUUCGACCUGGGCUCCUACUCCCGCUCCAUGCAUCAGCAUACCAAGCGCCAGAUGGAGGCCGCUUCCCAGACAAACCUGCCCAGAUCCUCGGGGUCGCCUUCCAACAACCAGAACUCCAACGGCCAGAGCCAAUCGAACGCCACACCAAGUCUACCCAACGGCGUCUCGGGUACUACUCGCUCGAGGAACUCCAGCGAGUACAGCUAUCAAUCGUGAGAGCUGCUCCGAGAGUGUGUGAGGAUGGGAUGGACUGGUUGAUUGAGCACACACACUCCUACUCUUGACUACCACCCAACCCGCGCCCACAAUCAGGCCUUGCUUAUUUGGUCAUCUGGGGAAAAAAGAUGACAUCAAUGCUCCUAGAGAACAACGUCAGAGCGUCCCGCUGCAGUGUAUCACUGCAUGCCGGAAAAGGAGC